UUCCGGAAGAGGCUGCCAUGGCGGCCAGGGAGGAGGUGCUGGCCCUCCAGGCUGAAGUUGCGCGGCGUGAAGAGGAGCUGAGCUCCCUGAAGCACAGGCUGGCGGCGGCUCUCCUGGCGGAGCAGGAGUCAGAGCGGUUGCUUCCGGUGUCGCCCUUGCCGCCGAAGGCCGCCCUGUCCCAAGAUGAGAUCCUGCGCUAUAGCCGGCAGCUAGUGCUGCCUGAGCUGGGCGUGCAGGGACAGCUGCGCCUGGCGACCGCGUCCGUGCUGAUCGUGGGCUGCGGGGGGCUCGGCUGCCCACUGGCGCAGUACCUGGCAGCGGCCGGCGUCGGUCGCCUGGGCCUUGUGGACUACGAUGUAGUAGAAGUGAGCAACCUGGCCCGCCAAGUGUUGCAUGGCGAGGCACUGGCCGGCCAGGCCAAAGUCUUUUCUGCCGCCGCCUCACUGCGCCGUCUCAAUUCGGCAGUGGAGUGCGUGCCCUAUGCCCAGGCGCUUACGCCAGCCACUGCGUUAGACCUCGUCCGCCGCUAUGACGUGGUGGCCGAUUGCUCCGACAACGUGCCCACUCGAUACCUGGUUAACGAUGCCUGUGUGCUAGCCGGCAGGCCUCUCGUGUCGGCCAGCGCCCUGCGCUUCGAGGGCCAGAUCACAGUCUACCACUACGGCGGUGGGCCUUGCUAUCGCUGCGUAUUCCCCCAGCCACCUCCGGCGGAGACCGUGACCAACUGCGCGGAUGGCGGGGUGCUUGGUGUGGUGACCGGGGUCCUGGGCUGCCUGCAGGCGCUGGAAGUGUUGAAGAUCGCUGCAGGUCUGGGCCCCUCUUAUAGUGGCAGCCUGUUGCUCUUUGAUGCCCUCAGAGGACUCUUCCGACGCAUUCAGCUGCGGAGGCGCAGGCCCGACUGUGCAGCUUGCGGGGAGCGGCCCACUGUUACUGAGCUGCAGGACUACGAAGGCUUCUGUGGCUCCUCGGCCACCGAUAAGUGCCGCUCCCUGCAAUUGCUGAGCCCAGAAGAGCGAGUUUCUGUCAUCGACUAUAAACGACUUCUGGAUUCUGGGUCACCCCACCUGUUGCUGGACGUCAGGCCUCAAGUAGAGGUGGACAUCUGUCGUCUGCCUCAUGCCCUACACAUCCCAUUGAAACAUUUGGAACGGAGGGAUGCGGAGAGCCUGAAACUCUUAGGAGAAGCAAUCCGGGAAGGGAAGCAGGGCACACAGGAAGGGGCAUCUCUCCCCAUUUACGUGAUUUGCAAACUGGGCAACGACUCCCAGAAAGCCGUGAAGAUCCUGCAGUCCUUGCCAGACUUAGACUCUUUACUAGUUCAGGAUGUCGUGGGGGGCCUCAUGGCCUGGGCUGCCAAAGUCGAUGGGACGUUUCCGCAGUACUGAGGUGGGUUGGUAGAGUCUGACCAGCGAAAAGCGUGCGUUGCCAUGCUACCUAAAGGUUUUUUUUUUUUUUUUCCCCAUUAAUUUAUUUGCAUUUUUUUUCACUAAUGUACGGAAGAGCCUGGGAUUCUGCAAUAGCUGUAAAUACAGGGACUUUUUUUUUUUGUCCCCGCCUAUGCACCCCACAGCAGUGACAGCGGCUGGAUCCUUAACCCGCUGAGCCACCAACGAACUGCACGUGGACGUCUUUUAUAAGGGACUUUUCAAUUAUAAUUUAUGGGAUGAUGUGGUUAUUAAUGGAUUAUAAUACUGUUUUUGAGAACUGUCUUGUGUUUUCAGAACUUGAAUGGUGUCUCGAACAGGUGAGGUAAAAGGUGACCGGAUUUUGUGUUUUGAACUGCCAAUCAUUUGCCUGUUCUCCCUUUUUUUGACCGCUCCCAUGAAGAGCUCUUUAAAUCGUCCAUUUUAAUGCUUGGAAAGGUGUAGAAAACAUACUGAAUUGCUCACAGGUGAUAUAGUUAAGAUCAGCUUAUUGCUUACUUAGGCAUUCUUUGGAUGUUAUUUCCACUUAAAAUUACAGAAUAUGUCCGAGAGAAAUCAGUGCUCAAAGGUAAAUUGUGAAAAUAGUUAAACUAAAAUUAUGUGGGAAGUGGUCAUUCUAUUAAAUAUUUUGAAUUAAAAGCCAAGUGAGAGAUUUACAGUCUAGCAAGGUAGAAACCACCUUUGCAGUCCAUCAGUUUAAUACGUUGCUGAUUUCUUCUUAGAGUUAGUUUGUGGGUCCACCUUAUGUUGUGCACAUUUAGAAUUUUUUUGGCUUUACCGUAUGGCCAGGAUGCCAAAUCCUGAAUUAAAGUGCAGUAAUGAACAUUUUUCUCUUCUUCACAAUUUUGGGUGAAAAACUUUGAAUAUUUGACUAUUACUUGUUAAUGCUUUACUGUAGAUAAAUACCCUCUAUCAGAUUAAAUAAAUUUCUGGUUAUAGUUUGCU